ACAGGAGGCUCAGGAUGAGAAGAUGGCAGCCAUACUGUUUCCACCGGGUCCUGACAGUCUACACCGGUUCACUCUUGAGUCCCUGGCUGGAAUCGAGCAGCGGAUCGCCGAGGAGGAGGCCCGCAAUGCCAAGAAGUACCAGGAGGACCUGGGCGACGUGGAGCCGCUCAAGUCCCGCGCCGACCUGGAGGCCGGAAAGCAGCUCCCGCGAAUCUUUGGAGACAUUCCUCCUGGACUGGUGGGCGUUCCUCUGGAGGACAUCGAUCCGUUUUACUUCCAGAACAAGAGAACUUUUAUAGUACUGAACAAAGGGAAGGCCAUCUUCCGGUUUAGUGCCACGUCUGCACUCUAUAUUUUUAGCCCUUUUCAUCUCGUUAGAAGAGCAUCAAUAAGGAUUUUAGUACACUCUUUAUUCAGUCUUUUCAUUAUGUGCACUAUUUUGACCAACUGCUGCUUCAUGGCCAUGUCUGAACCUGCGCAGUGGGCCAAAUACGUCGAGUACACGUUCACUGGCAUUUACACGUUUGAGUCGUUGAUAAAGAUCCUGGCGCGGGGCUUCUGCAUCGGCCCCUUCACCUUCCUGAGGGACCCCUGGAACUGGCUGGACUUCAGCGUGAUUGUUAUGGCAUAUGUUACUGAGUUUGUGGACCUGGGCAAUGUCUCAGCGUUACGGACAUUCAGGGUUCUGCGAGCACUGAAAACGAUCUCAGUCAUCCCAGGCCUGAAGACCAUCGUGGGCGCGCUGAUCCAGUCGGUGAAGAAGCUGGCAGACGUCAUGAUCCUGACGGUCUUCUGUCUCAGCGUCUUCGCUCUCAUCGGCCUGCAGCUCUUCAUGGGGAACCUGCGGCAGAAAUGCGUCCGCAGCACCGCGCACUGUCUCAACACCACCUUACCUUCAGACAACAACAGCACUUUCUUCUGCAAUAACAGAACCUGGUCCUCGCUGGAGGACUUCAUCACUAAUGAAGAUAAUUUCUUCAAAGUGGAAGGAGCCAAGGACGCCUUAAUAUGUGGGAAUGCAAGUGAUGCUGGCUCGCAGGAGCUCACUUCAGUGAGUCAUGACAUCUUCAGUCUCUUACGAGAAAACGAGCUGCUGCUGAGGAGCUCUGAGAGUUAG